AUGAAGAAUUUUAGGACCUCUUGCAUUCAUGCCGAUGACCCAUUGAACAGGGUACCCGAUGUUGUCUCACCAAUCAAUGUCAGUACUACGUUUCGUUACGAUAACGAAAGUUUGAGAGGAGGUGCACCAGAGGCCAAUGAAGCGCACGUAUACUCAGAGAAAGUCACCCAAAUGCUGAUCGUCUGGAGGCAGUUUUAGCUGCUGUCUUAGGAGGUCCGUCUGUAGCUUAUGCGUCGGGUCUUUCAGCUUAUUAUGCGAUUUUGACGAAUGUAAGUCCGACGAGACUGUUUCUCACCGACUGUUACAAAGGCUGUCAUCUAGCUGCUAAGCUUUUCUCGAAAGUGAGUGGUAUGCAAAUUUGUGACUUUGCUCAAAUCGAAGAGAGCUGUCGCGCCGGUGAUCUGGUUCAUAUCGAGGAUCCUAGCAACCCAUAUGGAGAGAGCUCAAAUGUCGCGGAGUUGGUAAAAGCAGUACACCAAAAAGGCGGUCUUGUUUUAAUCGACUCCACACUAGCCCCUCCUCCUUUACGGGAUCCUUGGAGUUUGGGUGUAGAUAUUGUUAUGCAUUCAGGGACCAAAUACCUGGGAGGUCAUUCGGAUCUGCUAAGUGGAGUUAUCUGCACUAAGGAUCAUGUUCGCGCUGCAGAAUUGAGAGCCGAACGUGUCAUAUUGGGGACUAUACCUUCAAGUGUUGAAAGCUUUCUGCUAUUGAGGUCUUUGCGAACCCUGGAGGUAAGAGUUAAACAGCAAUCCGAAAACUGUGUCAAACUGGUCAAAUACCUGAAAGAACACUCGGAGAAAGCAGCUGAUGUAUUGUCCAGCGUCCGCCAUGCAACUUUACAGCCAGAGGAGCACGUAAGAGUGCAAAACAGUGGCGGUUACAGUCCUGUCUUUUCCAUUACUUUGAAAAGCCCUGAUCAGUGUGUCGAGCUCCUGAAGAGACUCAAGGUGUUCCAACAUGCUACAUCGAUGGGUGGUGUAGAGUCCUUAAUCGAGUGGAGGUGUCUGAGUGACCCAGCCAUUGAUAAUACACUGCUGAGAAUAUCCGUGGGUAUAGAAAACGUUGAGGAUCUGAUCGCUGAUCUACAGGGGGCUUUGACCUACUUGCAAGAUAAUCCUUUGAAAAACGGCGAGACUCGAAGGUGA